AUGUCAUCCACAAUACCACCACCGAUUGUCUUUGAAAUCUUUGCUCACGAUGCAAAGAUGAUGAAGACUCUUCUGGCUCACGCCGUGUCUUUGGAUGUGGAGGAUAACAUCAAUAUAUUGAAAAUAGGCGGUACGACGGAAAAGAGCUACGAAAACUGCCAAAGUCUCCGGCAGUCACUCGAAAUGUCCAAUUCUACAUAUCCAUUCCACGGCGAGGCGAAGGCCGAUGCAUCAAGCUCGACCUCGAAGUGGCGUUCAGCGUAUCUCGACUAUCACAUGGCUCUCACGUUGCACGACAGCUCAUUUACCGAGGAAACCCAGAUCACAACCAUGAAGGACAUCAAGCGUACUUGGGCUCAAUUCAGGGAGAAGAAACCAUUGAAAGAGGUUCAGCAACUGACAGGUCGACGAAUGCAUGAGGUGUUCUGUGCUGACGGUGACAACAUGUGCGGGGGGCCAUUCGAACACCGACUGUCGGAUCGUGAGGUGUUAUCUGCUGUCAUUAAGCAGGCCACCGGGAAGGAAUCGGUGCAGCAAAUCGAUAAUGCAGGUGAUGCUGUCGCGAAUUCUAUGGCCACAGACGACAUUUCGCAUGACAAUCAGGACGAUGCUGCAAUUUCACAAGAAUCAUCUGACGUUAUACUCAUUGAUGUUGACGCUGGUGACAAGACUACAUCACGCAAAGCACCCCCGAGGUCGAGAGCUGGCAAGUUGAAGCAGGACGGAAAUCAGAAUAAAUCAGCGAUCACCCCAGGGAGCAGCAGUAAGAAGACGAUAGAAGUCAUCAAUGUUGAUGCUGAGAGCUCCACUGAUGAAAUCGCAUCGCGCUUUGAAGACAAUAUAGAUUCUAAGAAGAACUCGAAGGAACGACGACAAUUGCGGAAACCCAAGGUGACCAAGGCAUAUGGGAAGAAGAAGGCGACUGCACUGCCUGCGGUGGAAUCAGAUAAUGACGAUGCUGGGUCAUCCAAGACGCAUCGCGUUGUUCCUCUAGAAGUGGAAGAAAUACUGAGCGAGGAAUUUGUCCAGCAGGAAGAUAUAGAAGAUAUUCCAACCUUCGGUCAGGACGUGGAGGAUUAUGAUGACGUCCUUCUUCCAAGCGUUCAAGAAGGCUGGGAAUCUUGGACAAAGAUGGCAUUCGAGGAUGGAAACUCCCAUGUGUUCUUAAAGCUCGCUACCUGGAUGCUCAUGCGCUUCCGUCAGCUGACAAAUACGGACAUGGAUGCUGAGAUCGAUGGCUUGAUCAUUCCUAACAAUCCGCGGACCAUGGCCGGUAUCGAUGAAGAUCAUUUCUUUGAGGCCUUGGGGAUGGAGCGAAUGUACACUGCAAUUGUACACAUGGAAACCAGUCCUCGGUACAUGUGUCAUCUAUUCCACGCGCUCGGAAAAGUCAUGGCUAGCACCGAUAUUAGCGCCAGUAACCCACGAUUCUUACCUUGUAACUCCCCUCCAGCAGUGGAAGCACAGAUGAUAUCGGAUAUGGACAUUCCCUGGAUAGGGUUGAAGAAUAACAAUGAAACCGACACUCCUCCCUGGUCUGGUUUCACGGACGUUACGGACGAUGAUGCAGAUGGAUCAUUGGAGGAUGAAGACGUUGCAGUCACCUCGGCGUUGGAUUCGAUGAUCAUUGAUGACAGGCAAACUUCCGUCCGUCCUACACCUAGCGUAGGUGACGCCAUAUUUCCAAAGCGAAAGAGAACAUCAUCUCAAGUGUCACCGCCAAAGAAGGAUGGCGGCAGAGGUCCUGCUAAGCGUCGCAGGGAUGCUGCACACAAUGUCGUCCAAUCUACGUCUCCGAUUCAGUCGUUAACAGAUGUUGAUGAAUCUGGAUUCCUCAUAUCUCCAGUUGUUCCUCAAUUGUCAUCGAUUUCAAAUGGAAGUAGUCCACGGGAUGACGCAUCCGUGCUCUUAGAGCCAUGGGACGACGACACAAAUGCCCAAGUACAAAUGUCGGUCUCCCCAGAGAGACAACACGAGAAUGCAAAUCCACAGCAGGCUCCUGAGAAUGUAAUCGACAUACCAACAUCGCCCGUGACAUCCGGCGUUGGUGUACCCCCUUCCAGCCCAGUAGUCCUUGUCCCUGACAGUGAAUCAUCACAACGUCAGCGAUCACGACACACCACUCCCGCACUACCACCAACCACAUCUCUGGCUGUGGAAAGGUCGCUUGAGGAAAGUGUGGCACCUGGAACAUCUUUGAUUGUUGGCCCGAUCCCAUGCCAGGAUGGAGGCGACACAAAUUCCAACACGCAUAGUACAGCUCAAGAUCACUCUGAAACACUCAGCGCGCCACUCUACUCAUCUUCUUUACAAUUAACAAUGAGGGUUCCACUUGAGAUCUUGGUCAAAAUAUUCACGUUGGCGACUCGGACAAGGGGCGGCGCGGCCUCUUGGAUAUUGUGUCACUGGAAGACUAAGAAUUGGUUCGAAAAAUUGCUCUACGAGAAAGUAGUCUUGGUUGACGACGAAACCGCGUCCUCCUUCCUGCAAUGCCUGCGCCGUAGACACAUGCCCGAAAAAUUUGCCCAGGCAUCAAUCAAGGCAAUCUCGUUGUCUAAUGGAGUCCAGUUCAGAACGGGUAUCGAAAUCCUAUCUCUUUGCACAAGCAUCAACACCCUUGCCAUAAUUCCCGAUGACGAAUGCUUUCAUGACAACGUAGCACAUCUCCUCCAGGUGAUGGAUGCGCUCCCGCUGCAAGUAUUAUCGCUACAGAUCUGCGUCCAUCUGACAUCCUCGUUGAUAUCUGGGGUAACAUUUUUCGCCAAAUUGACGCAUCUUGAAGUGGAUGCGUGUCGCAUGCUUUGUGACGUCGACCUAAAAUACCUCCCGCAGUUGACUCACCUUGCGAUUUGGAAUGAGAUGAUGGAUGACAGAGCAGCGUCGCUGACAAAGCGGCUUCUCAGCCAUCCAACGCUUGAGGUCUUGAUCUUCCGCGUUGACUAUCACCGCGACUUUGUCAGCUUCCUUGAUCGCCACAUGCUCCAUGAUCCUCGCAUCGUUCUCGUACCAUCACGAGUGUACGCAUGGGAUGAUCUUGGGCGUGCCUCCAUGUUACUUUGGGAGCUAGCAGAUGAAGCGGUCAAGCUACCUGAGCCUAACCAUAACAAACAUCGGUGCUUCACUAGGACAAUGCAGAUCAACCGGAUCAAGGAUUAUAUGAACGCUAAGAGGGUUCCAGAACAUCACCUGGACUAUGAGGUGGUUCCAUGUAGGAUCAUCGGCGGCGGGGAUAAUACGUCCCGUUGGGGUUAUAUCGCCAAUAUGGCGAGUGACGUCACGACAUUAGAGGAGGCCGGUGAUGCAAAAGUCUACGAAGAGGAAGGUCACCAUGACACGGACGAGCAAGGCCCUUAA